CAUAAGCUCCUGCAGCCGGUAACUUAAGAAAUUCAAUUUGAUCAUCAGAAAACGCAGAACUCGUUCUGCUCUCGCGCUUCCGGCAACUUGGCUACCUAAGCUGGCCGUAUUGUUCUCUGUGUUCUGUUGUUUAUGAAGUUCGAAGAAGCUUCAAUGGCGAUUUGUAGAUCUGAAGUGGAUGUUCGAAGAGAAGAGAAUUAAACCAGAGGUUGUCUCCCUCCCUGCCUGCUUUGUUGAUCAGGUUUGCUUCGAUUCAAGUCCUUAAGGUUAUAUCUGGAGCAAAUGAGUUCGUUCCUGCCAAACGUAGCUAAUAAUGCAGAAUGGAACUUAAAAAAGAAAAAAACAUGGUUCUGACGGAGUCAAAAAUGGCGGUGCAUGGCGACCUACGAGAGUCGCCGCCGCAUGGAGACCCAUAUCAAAAAAACGGCUCUCUCCCGUUCUCGUGUCUGGGGAGGCAGUCUUCCAUUUACUCGCUCACUCUCGACGAAUUCCAGCAUGCGCUCUGCGAGAGCGGCAAGAACUUCGGUUCUAUGAACAUGGAAGAGUUCCUCACCAGCAUCUGGAACGCCGAAGAGAACCAAGCCGUAUGCACCGGCACAAACACAACGAUCUCCAUACCCAGUAACCUCAACAACGACGAGAAUCAACUGGCAAGCCUGGAUGUACCUUUGGGUGCGGAUGCGGGUGCUGGAAGAAGUGGUGGUGCAGGAAAACAACCAAGCUUGGCGAGACAAGGCUCGCUCACGAUUCCCGCGCCGUUGUGUAGGAAGACUGUGGAAGAAGUCUGGUCUGAGAUACACAAAGGACAACGAGGAGAGGGAGGUGGACGGGAUGGUAACGAGAGCGGUGGUAGUAAUUUGCAGACUCUGAGCAGUGCAUCUCAGCAGCCGACUUUUGGGGAGAUGACACUGGAGGAUUUCUUGAUCAAAGCAGGUGUAGUGAGAGAACAGUGUGCAGUAGUCCCGCCGAGUUUGGCUCCACAACAGCAGCAUUUCGGGGUCUACCAAAAUACCAACAAUGCGAACGUGGCUCCAAGCUAUGUUCCUAGACAUAUAAUGACAAUGGGUGGCAACAAUAACUCCGGCGGUGGCCCUAGUGGCAGCAGUGGUGUUUACCCGCCAAUGCAUACGGCCGGAGGCGGAGUGAUUGGAGAGCCAACGGGGUAUGCCAAUAAUGGUAAGAUGAACGGGGGGUACCCACAAGCUCCGUCGCGUCCAACGUCGGCCGUUUGUUAUGGUGGGAGAGUGGCGAAUGGAGGAGGGUAUGCCCCUGUGCAGCCGAUAGCGGUGGUGCCUCCGAUGAGCCCUGUCGCGCCGUCGGAUAUGUGUACAAGCCAGGUUGAUUGUGCAGGGAAUCAGUAUGGGAUGGACAUGAGUGUAGUACUGAGAGGAAGAAAGAGGAUUAUUGAUGGUCCAGUGGAGAAGGUGGUGGAGAGAAGGCAGAGGAGGAUGAUCAAGAACAGAGAAUCCGCUGCCAGGUCUAGAGCCAGAAAACAGGCGUAUACAGUGGAACUAGAAGCAGAACUAAAUCAAUUAAAAGAAGAGAAUACGCACCUGAAGCAUACUCUGCAGGCGGAGCUGGAGACGAGAAGAAAACAACAGUAUUUUGAAGAAAUAAAAACGAAUGCACAAACCAAGGCAGAAAGAGCUAGAGAGAAAUUGAGACUUCUUAGGAGGACCGUGAGUUGGCCGUAAGUUGGCCUUUGGAAAAAAGCCCAAAGUUAGUUACUGCGAUGGUAAAUGCAUUUUGCAUGGUAUUAUACAAAAUUUAUUAGUAUAAGAAUCAAAGAACUGCUCCGAUGGAAUGGAAAUUCAAAGGGAAAGAUGGAGAAGAAAUUUUGGGUUCGUUCAGGGAGAUUUUACCCAUUCGGGACAAGGCACCACUACUUCGAAGAAGGCCAGGACAUUUUGAAGACAAAAACCGGGGUGAAACUAGUUUCUCAAUGUAAUAUAUAUUCUAAGUUGUCUUUUUUUUGUUUUUUUUUGUUUUUGGUGGUUGGGGUAUUGGGGAUAUUCAAAAGAAUUGUUUGGUUAUUUUAUUUACUGUUUACAGUUUUUUACAAGUAGGUGCUUUUGUUCCCUGGUUCUUCUUCUUCAGAUUUCCAUUGUGGUUUUCCACACUGGGUGGAAUGUAUGUAUAUGUUACAGGA